GAAGACAGGAGGGCCUGGCGUGCUCUGGUCCAUGGGGUCACGAAGAGUCAGACACGACUUAACGAUUAAAAACAACAUCUGAUCUCCCUUCCACAUCACACUCUAACAAUGAUAGCCUUCUGUUGCAUGGAUUCUUUCUUCCCUAGAGAGAGGGAAACCACCCAAUGAAAGGGCCAGAGGGAGUCACAUGAUUACUUGUGAAGCAGAUAUAUACAGGAUAGGGACAGCCUUUAUGGCCAAAGAGAAACAUGGGGCUCAUUAUCUUGUUUUGGGGGUUCCUUGUGGCCCCUCAAAUGGUUGUUCUCUCUUGGGAUUUUGACAGUGACAAAGUGUUUCGAGUGAAACUUCAGAAUGAAAACCAAGUGAGCUUCCUAAAGGACCUGGUGUCGACACUAAAGCUUGACAUCUGGUAUCCUGAUUCAGUUCACCAUCUUGUUGCUGGGACAAAAGUGGAUUUCCAUGUUAGAUCCAAUCAAACAAGUUUUGUCCAGAUGAUGCUGGAGAGGAAUAGAACACAAUACAAAAUUUUAUUGCACAAUCUGCAGGAAGAGAUUGAAAAGCAAUUUGAUGGAGGGAGACAUUUCCUCAAGCAGCACAGCUACACAAAAUACAAUGACUGGGAAACGAUUGUGGCAUGGACUGAAAGAAUGGCUAAAAAUUACCCCAAACUCAUCUCCCGGACAGAGAUUGGAAAGACCUAUGAGGAUCGCCCCAUAUACCUUCUUAAGGUUGGGAAGGAGAGUGGCAGAAAGAAGGCCAUCUUUAUGGACUGUGGCAUUCAUGCACGUGAGUGGAUCUCACCAGCCUUCUGUCAAUGGUUUGUAAAACAGGCUGUCAAAACAUAUGGAAAGGAUGAGGUCAUGACACAGCUGUUGGACAAUAUGAACUUCUAUGUCGUUCCUGUCCUCAACGUUGAUGGCUAUGUCUGGACAUGGAGAGGACCAAUGACACGCAUGUGGAGAAAGAAUCGGGCCAUUAAUGGUGACAGUGGUUGCACUGGUGUUGACUUGAACAGGAAUUUCAAUGCUUCUUGGGGCAACAAUGAAGUGAUGCAUGACCCUUGUGUGGAAAUAUAUUGUGGUCCCUCUGCUGAAUCUGAGCCAGAAACAAAGGCAGUCACUUCCUUCAUUCGUGAUCACCUUUUUGCCAUCAAAGGAUACAUAAGUGUUCAUUCAUACUCACAGAUGCUGAUGUUUCCUUAUGGCUAUACAUUCAAAGAAGCACCCAAUCAUGAUAAACUGAAUCAAAUGGCCAAGGAAGCAGUGGAAGCAUUAUCCAGUCUCUACAAGACAAAAUAUACGUAUGGACCUACUGCCUCUACAAUUUACCCUUGUUUUGGUUCCUCUUCAGACUGGGCUUAUGAUGAGGGAAUAAAAUAUUCAUUUGCCUUUGAGCUCCGCGACCUUGGAAGGUAUGGGUUCCUCCUCCCAGCAUCAAAGAUAAAAUCAACCUGUAAGGAAACUAUGCUGGCAGUCAAAUACAUUGCAAAUCAUAUCUUCACCUUUGUUUCAUAAAGCUAUGUUCAGUUUUCUCCCUUCCUAGCCUAUCGUUUCCCCUUUUUCUUUGCAUUGGUACUGUAUAGAUUUUUCUCAUCUUUUUUAAAAACUAUGUUAACAACAGUAACUUUAUCCUUUUCAGUAGAGUUUGGAUUCUGAUAUUUUACUGCUUCGAAACCAAAACAAGCUUAUUCUCUUCCCCUCCCCCACCACAUAGCAUUGAUUACUAUUUUUAAAAUCAAAAUUACACAGUCUGAAGACUUUAAGGAUGGCAGCCCUUUUAGCCUACUUUUUAUAAAGCCACAAUUCAGGCAUCUGCUUAGUAGCUCUUAGAUGUAAGUGGAUUCACAUUACAUUAUCCUUUUAGUAAUGAAAAUGUCUGUUGACAAUCCAAAGGUGUCAGGAUGUACUUCAUAUCUCAAGUGCCCAUUUAUUCUGAAUUGUAAAUUCUAUUUCAGAGAUAUUACCUGGUGCCCACUGGUGGAGUGGAAGGUAUAGCACAGGUAGGCAGAGCCAGAACAAAAGUAGAUAGGAAUAUAUGUGUAUGCAUUAUGAAUCACAUGCACACAGGCAGGAAAGCAAACAUUCAACCUUCAUGGUUGUUGUGGGUUUUUCGGGCUCUUAGGCCGUGUUCUGAAGGUUGUUCUUCCUAACGUUUCGCCAGUCUCUGUGGCCAGCAUCUUCAGAUCCCGGCCGUGAAAGCCUUCGCGAAUACAUUCAACCUUCACACAGGAAGUGGGAAGGCAUUGACCUUUCGCCUCCAGUAAGGAAGCAGGCAGGAGUGUAACAGCCAGGAAUAAUCAUACUCCGAGGUGGACAGUGUCCCAUUUGCCCCAGUGAGCGAGCCUCCAUUGAUUUUCAGAUAUUACAAAUGUACAUACUAGAUGUUACAGAAGUACAUACUAGAAUUGAAAAGGCCUUCCUCCCAAAUAAGGCCAAAUAAAGCCGCCUAGAGUAGUCUUAACUGAUUAGAUAGGCGGGAUAUAAAUAAAAUAAAU